CUCCUCUGUUCAGCCUAUAUAAGGCUCCCUGUCGGCGCUCCCGGUACACGCGCUUCAACUUCGGUUGGUGUGUGUCGAAGAAACCUGACUGCGACCUGGGGAGAACAGCCGAGAGGGUCCACCGAGCCUCGCCAGAGGUCCGCUGAGCGGGCUCGCGUCCGGAGCCACUCCGGGCCGCGGAGCACCCGGCGGAACCCACGCCUGGCACAGGUGUGGGACCCCGUCCUCCUGUCUUCGCAGAGGAGUCCUCGCGUGAAACAAAAAGCUUUUGAAAACAAAACGAAGAAAGGGUGGAAGAGGAGGCCAGGAUCAGGGCCUCCAUCCCCACAGGAGCGAAGCUACACCUGGGAGGUCUCCUCCCACGCCAACCCUCACCCUGGGGCCCGACUGCCCACCUCCUCCUCCUCCUCCUCCCCCCAACGGCCCCUCCUCCUCCUCUUCCUCCUGCUCCUCCUCCUCUUCCUCUUCUUCAUCCUCACGCAGCGCCCCAAGGGGCCAGUACAUCCCCAACCUGGCCGAACGAAGGCGAGACGAUCUCUCUGAAGAGAUCAACAACCUCCGAGAGAAGGUCAUGAAGCAGUCCGAGGAGAACAACAACCUGCAGAACCAGGUGCAGAAGCUCACAGAGGAGAACACCUCCCUGCGCGAGCAAGUGGAGCCCGCCCCUCAGGACGAGGAGGACGACCUGGAGCUCCGAGGUGCUGCAGCCGCCGCUGCCCCACCCACUCCGCUAGAGGAGGAGUGCCCGGACGACCUUCCUGAGAAGUUUGACGGCAACCCCGACAUGCUGGUCCCGUUCAUGGCCCAGUGCCAGCUCUUCAUGGAAAAGAGCACCAGAGAUUUCUCCGUCGACCGCGUCCGCGUCUGCUUCGUGACCAGCAUGAUGACGGGCCGUGCCGCCCGCUGGGCCUCCGCCAAGCUGGAGCGAUCCCACUACCUGAUGCACAACUACCCCGCCUUCAUGACCGAAAUGAAGCACGUCUUUGAAGACCCGCAGAGGCGGGAGGCUGCCAAGCGCAAGAUCCGACGUCUGCGCCAAGGCAUGGGGUCGGUCAUCGACUACUCCAACGCCUUCCAGAUGAUCGCCCAGGACCUGGAUUGGAACGAGCCCGCGCUGAUCGACCAGUACCACGAGGGCCUCAGCGACCACAUCCAGGCCGAGCUGUCGCGCCUCGAGGUCGCCAAGUCGCUGUCCGCCCUGAUCGGCCAGUGCAUCCACAUCGAGCGGCGGCUGGCCAGGGCGGCGGCGGCUCGCAAGCCGCGCUCCCCGCCGCGCGCGCUCGUCCUGCCGCACAUCACGAGCCACCACCAGGUGGACCCCACCGAGCCUGUGGGCGGCGCCCGCAUGCGCCUGACCCAGGAAGAGAAGGAGAGGCGCCGAAAGCUGAACCUGUGCCUCUACUGCGGCAACGGGGGUCACUACGCCGACAACUGUCCUGCCAAGGCCUCCAAGGCUUCGCCGGCGGGAAACUCCCCGGCCCCGCUGUAGAGGGACCUUCAGCGACCGGGCCAGAAAUAAUAAGGUCCCCACAAGAUGAUGCUUCAUCUCCACACUUGCAAGUGAUGCUCCAGAUCCAUCUCCCGGGCAGACACACCCUGUUCGUCCGCGCCAUGAUCGAUUCUGGUGCUUCCGGCAACUUCAUCGACCACGAGUACGUUGCCCAGAACGGAAUUCCUCUGAGGGUCAAGGACUGGCCAAUACUCGUAGAAGCGAUCGAUGGGCGUCCCAUAGCCUCGGGCCCCGUUGUCCACGAAACGCACGACCUGAUAGUCGACCUGGGAGAUCACCGUGAGGUGCUGUCAUUCGACGUGACUCAGUCUCCCUUCUUCCCCGUCGUCCUGGGGGUGCGCUGGCUGAGCACACACGAUCCCAACAUCACGUGGAGCACCCGAUCCAUCGUCUUCGAUUCCGAAUAUUGCCGAUACCACUGCCGGAUGUAUUCCCCAAUACCUCCGUCGCUCCCACCACCAGCACAGCCGUCCUUUUACUACCCGGUGGAUGGAUACCGAGUUUACCAGCCGGUGAGGUAUUACUACGUCCAGAAUGUGUACACUCCGGUGGAUGAAAACGUCUACCCAGACCACCGCCUGGUCGACCCGACCAUAGAAAUGAUCCCUGGAGCACACAGUAUCCCCAGCGGACACGUGUACUCCCUGUCCGAACCCGAGAUGGCAGCCCUGCGAGAUUUCGUGGCCAGAAACGUCAAGGAUGGGCUCAUCACUCCAACCAUCGCCCCCAACGGAGCCCAAGUUCUCCAGGUGAAAAGGGGGUGGAAACUGCAAGUUUCCUACGACUGCCGAGCUCCCAACAGCUUCACCAUCCAGAACCAGUAUCCUCGACUCUCCAUUCCAAAUUUGGAUGACCAGGCUCACCUGGCGACGUACACGGAGUAUGUACCUCAAAUACCUGGAUACCAGACGUACCCCACGUACGCCACGUACCCGACCUACCCGGUAGGAUUCGCCUGGUACCCAGUGGGGCGAGAUGGACAUGGACGAUCGCUCUAUGUCCCCGUGAUGAUCACUUGGAAUCCGCAUUGGUACCGCCAGCCUCCGGUGCCCCAGUACCCGCCGCCGCAGCCGCCGCCUCCGCCGCCGCCGCCGCCGCCGCCGCCGUCCUACAGCACCAUGUAAACACCUGUCGUGUCCUUCAGGAUCUCUGCCCUCACACUGCACUCCUGUUCAGCUUCUCAAUCGGUGACUGUGUGCGUAAGUAGGCUACUGCAUCUUCGGGCCAGCCUGAGGCACAGCCCUCUCUGCAAUGGCUAUAGGAAGGUCAGAGCCACCCUGGACUGGCACACAUCCUAAAAAGCAAGCUCUCCGAGAGCGACAGAAUAUUUACCAACGAAUUAUCUCUCAGUUUUCCACCUCAACUGCCAACCUAACUAAAAUUCGUCGUAAGUUUACUUCCCAGCGAAUCCUGGAAGCCUGGGUUUUACCUGCUGAAACUCACUCUGUCACCAUCUAAAUUAAUGGGCUGCCAGAUUCCAUGAUUGACAUUUACAGAGAAGCUGAUGCGAACACAGGAAACGCCGAUUGCUUUUUGGAGGGGGAGACGGAGGAGGAGGAGAAGGACAUGACUUUUCUUGCAGUUUCGGUACUCUUUAACAACAUCCCUGGAGGACCGACGCCUUAUUAAGGAAGCCAAGUUUGUUGGUGCAGUGUAAGGUGGCUUCCGCGAUCUGUUUUGCUGCACCUUUAGAAACUUCACCAUCUUCAAACUCCGCUUUCAUGGUUCCGUUAAAUCUCAAGGAGCAGACCGGUUCUCCCAGGAGCAGGCAAAGCCCCUGCAACAGAAACACCUCAGGCCUCAGAAGGGAAGUGCUCUCUCAGAUGGGACUCUUGCAUGUUUAGAGUGUGCCUUCACACCCUGGUGCAAAUCACACGUACCCAAGAACUCUGGCUUUCUCACAACACCUUACCAUCAUCAUGCCAGUAAUGGCUUCCACAAAAUGUUAAACCUGGUAACCAGAGACUGUUGGUGGCUCGUGUGUCAGAUGUUUAUGAAGCAUCACUACCUUUCCAUCAUGUAGGAGAGCUAAUGAGUAGCAAAUCAAAAGGACGCCUAACCAGUACUCAACUCUUAAGAGACUCUAAGUUAACGUUACCAACUUGUCCUGGUACUUCAGAAGGAAUUUUGGAGCGUCGUUGUUAUUGGCUGGAAGAGGGUCACCUGAAGUCUUGGAAGCAUCUCUCCAUAUGUCUGCCUCCAUAUGCAUCUGGGCAUUUCAUCACCAGUCCCCUCACUAGACUGUAGCAUUAGGAUGCUUAGAGAGGGGACAUGAACUUAGCACCCAGACCCACACUCCUAUGCCUGCGAGGGAUAUCUUUGAAGAAGAAGAAUUGGGGCGCUGGACACUGUCUUGAAGAUAACGGACUUCUUUAGUGAGCUUUACAUCCAGAGGGUGACCUGAUGGGUAACCACCUUAAAGGAUCAGAGUUCACACAGUGGAAAGGGGUCCCCUUUAGAGGAUGGAGACAAAACUAAGCUGCCAACGAAAUGAAAGGCCUCAAGCGACUCAAAGCAACAGACAACACAAGCGUUGUCUUCAGUCCAGUGAUGACAUCUAGUCUCCUGGAUGCUUUGUGCUAACCUGGGACUGCCUGACUUCUUUACCUGGUCUUUUGCUACUACCUUGAACUGUUUGUCUAACCUCUCUCUUUCUGUUUAAUUCUUUACUACUGCCACUAACCCUGCUGCAGGAUUUGUGUCAUCUUUCCUGCCUGGUUGCUGAGACUCCAUUUUGCUGCCACGCACGGAGAAGAAAGAGGCAGGCUUCAAGGGGCUUGUGUUUCAGUACGCAACCUCCAAUUGCCAAAACACAGUUUGAGCAGUAGACAACAUGGUAUAUAUUUCAAGUUGCUAAUCAUGAAGAGGAGUCUAACGGUGAAGUUUCAUUUUUCAUCAACAUCAUCUUUCACACAUUCAUUACCCUCCACCCUUAUUCUUGCAUGUUUAAAUACUUAAAAGUUUUAGCCGUAGGUUACUAGUGUCUUUUAACAGUGUUUUAAAGUGAUGACUGCUUUCAGAAGUUAUUUCCAUUGAAUUACAAACUACUAUCAAAUUCUUAUUGUUGAACUAAUUAAAAUUGAUAAGUAACAUAGUGUAAAAUAUUUCUUGACUGUGAACUUCUCUUACAACACUGUGAAUGAGAGGCUCCUCAGAACUGGAGUAUUUGUAAAAUAGUUCAUCCUGUUCAUCUUCAAUCUUCUAGCUUAACGUCGUAUAGGACUUCAAUUUUAUCAAUUGGGCCUUUAAAAAAAAAAAUCACACAAAAAGAGAUACAAAUUCAAAGAAGAUACCUAAUUGGCUACUUUCUCUUCAAUGGAAUCCGAAAGCUUGUCAAUCACUCAUGUGUUUUCGAGUAAUUACUUUGAAAAUGGUGCGUUUGUGCUUCUGGACUCUUUUGAAGCGUCACUUCAGUUUACCUCAGAUCAAUCCAUCAUCCAUACAUUUGAAUUCAAGUUGUUUUGUGUCAAAUUUACAGUUGUCAAUUGAUUUUCAAGCUGCAGAGGGCCUAGAAAUAGGUCAUUGUCUGCAGCCCUGGCAUGAGCACACGGACAUUUGCCAUCCCUGCAAGCAAGUCCGGAGGGGUUGACCAACAACAGCAACGGUCAGGCAGAGCAUGGUGGUGUGGGUCAACGACUCAUUGGAUGAAGACCCUGACCCACAUUUGGCUGUUCAGUAAAGCUCGUGAAAAACUGUUGGCAGUGUGUUCUAUGCCUUAUUGCUAUAUAUAAUAUCUAUAAAUGUAGGUGUUAAGGAUAAGUAAUUUCAAAUUUAUUCUAUAGUAUCAGAAUUUAAUAAGUUUCCUUUCACUCACUGAAUUUAUUUUGUUGCUGUUGAUUAUGUUAAUUGAAUACCUUUUUUGGCAUUUUCCCCACAAAAUGUCUUUAUUCAUAAGGAAGGAAAGAACAAAGAAAUUAAAUCUCUAAGGGAGUUAGAAAGGGAGCAAAAUAAAGAAAGCCUAAAGAACAUAAAUCAAAACAUAAGAAUUAUUAAGCAAAGCUGCCAUUCACCUUUUCGAAACAAGCUGGCAAAUUUGGUUAACUUUUCACCCAAAUAUUCGGUCUUAACUAAAUCAAGGAAGAAGAUAUGAGCUCCCAUUGUUAGACACACCCAGAGAGAACUAAUGAAGGUCAUCAUGCUAAGAUAUUGAGAUGGAGGAAGUUUACGUGCAUUUCUGAAGGGUCAGUUUAGUCUGAGCAAUGAGGUAUUUGUAUUAGAUGCUAGAAAAUGGAGAAUUCGUUUGAUUCAAUCAUGAGAGGUGACAUAAGGAACUUGUGCACAAAACAAAGAGGGGCACGUCUACAUAGUGCAGUCUGGAUUUCUGUUUAAGUUCGCAGGUACCUCUUGGGCUCCUGAAUUGAUCCGGUUGUCAUCCACCACAGACAUCGAAGGUCAGCUACGAUUCCAAGAUUGGCAACAGAGAACAUUCUGCUGGAAAGACCUGGGCAAACAUGAAGGACCACCUGCUGAGAUGAAGCGCUGGGUGGGAACCAUGCUACGUUUUCAUCUGAAGAAUGAGCAUCUAGUGGGACUUGAAAGUUCUUUGUUGUUUCAGAUUGUAGAAUGCGAUUGAUGGAAUUAGUCUGUGGACAUUGCAUUGUUUUUAUUUCUUUAUGUAAUCAUUUUAAGUAAUAGGGGAUAUAUAUAAUUAUUUUAGGGUGGGAGGGACUAAGUAAUCUUAGGUGGGUGGGGUUAGUUUAAAAGUUAGCAUGAUAUUAUGUAUUAGAUAACUCUAAGUGGACAUGUGUACUUACUUGUGAUCCUUUACCCUAUGAUUGUUACCCUUAAAGCUUGCAAAUAAACUCAGAGGGAACUACAGGGAGAUGAACCUAUUUAGAGCAAAUUGGACAUGGAUAAAACUCUAGUGGGAAAAAGCUCAAAAGUGAUUGGAUGAAUAGUUUAAAAGAGGCUCUUUGCCCUGGGUGUUAACUCCAAGGAUCCAGAUUGUGAGCAAAGCCUUUGGAGAGUCAGGACAAGUAGAUACUCUUUGAGAAAUUCUUGCCGGAAUAAAAUUGGUAAUGAUGGAUGGUAAAUAUUCAUAGAAGUUACAGAAAAGUGAUGAAGAAGAACCCUGUCUGUGGGCCUCCUACUUAACCCCUGCCUCUUCUCCCUACCCCAACCACCUCCCUACCCUUCCCCAUUUUAUUGCUGUAUUUCUAUUUACUAAUAAUUGUAUUGAUGUUAUAAUAAAAAUUCAAUUAAUAAAGAUUUAGCGGUUAAGUGCAA